UCUAUAUAUACUUGAAGUUCCCAAAUGCUAAACCCGUGCCAUCAGCUUUUGAUUGAAGAGAAACACAUACAAAGCUAAAACCUAAACUCGAAAACAAAGAUACAUGGCUAUCUUCAACACUCAUAACACAUGGGCCUUUGCCUUCGGUUUGCUCGGAAACCUCAUUUCCUUUGCUGUUUUCCUCUCUCCCGUGCCAACGUUCUAUAGGAUUUGUAAGAAGAAAACCACAGAAGGAUUUCAAUCUCUUCCGUAUGUGAUGGCGCUCUUCAGCGCGAUGCUUUGGCUUUACUACGCUACACAGAAGAAAGAUGUCUUCCUUCUCGUCACCAUCAACUCCUUUGGUUGCGUCAUUGAAACCAUCUACAUCGCCAUAUUCGUUGCCUUCGCCACCAAAGAAGCACGAAUGUUAACGGUGAAACUCUUGUUGCUAAUGAACUUUGGAGGAUUCUUUUUGAUUCUCCUUCUCUGCCAAUUCUUAGCAAAAGGAACCACACGUGCGAAGAUCAUCGGAGGAAUCUGUGUCGGAUUCUCUGUUUGCGUUUUCGCUGCGCCGCUUAGCAUUAUCAGAACGGUUAUAAAGACAAAAAGUGUGGAGUACAUGCCGUUUAGCUUAUCCUUGACACUCACCAUCAGUGCGGUCGUCUGGCUCCUUUAUGGUCUUGCUCUUAGAGAUAUCUACGUUGCUUUCCCUAACGUGAUUGGGUUUGUUCUCGGUGCACUUCAAAUGAUACUUUACGUGGUUUUCAAAUACUGCAAAACGCCGUCGGAUUUGGUGGAGAAUGAACUCGAAGCUGCUAAGUUGCCGGAAGUGAGCAUCAAUAUGUUGAAGCUAGGUACGCUAGUGGGAUCUCCUGAAAUAGCAGUCAACACAGUCGUGCGACCGGUGAGCAUGUGUGUAUGCAACGAUAAGAAAGCUGAAGCUGAAAAUGGAGUCUGAAAAUAUGUUGGACUAUCUUUUGCAUUGUUGAUCUUGUACUCUUUUCUUGAUAUGCCUGUGUCAUCAUCAUCCACAUGCAUUUUCUGAGUUUAUCAAGUGUAUGAAGUCGAGGAUUAGUUCGCUUGGGGGAUUUACAUUUUCCUGAGUUGAUUUUUCUCAUCUUCUUUUAUUAGUGUAAUUAAAUUAUAUAUGGAUAUGAAUAUCACUUAUUUUCAAUAU